AUGCAGGAGAAUGGCUCUUUUGCCAACUGCUGCGAGGCGGGCGGGCUGGCAGUUCGCCCGGGCUGGUCCGGGACUGGUGGUGCGCUGCCCUCCGGGACGCCCCGGCCUCCCUGGGUAGCUCCUGCGCUAUCCACCGUGCUCAUUGUCACCACCGCGGUGGACGUAGUGGGCAACCUUUUGGUCAUCCUCUCGGUGCUCAGGAACCGCAAGCUCCGGAACGCAGGUAAUUUGUUCUUGGUGAGUCUGGCGUUGGCUGACCUGGUUGUGGCCUUGUACCCCUACCCGCUGAUCCUGAUGGCCAUCUUCUAUGAUGGCUGGGCACUGGGAGAGGCGCACUGCAAGGCCAGCGCUUUUGUAAUGGGCCUGAGCGUCAUUGGUUCUGUCUUCAACAUCACCGCCAUUGCCAUUAACCGCUAUUGUUACAUUUGCCACAGCAUAGUCUACCACCGGUUCUGCGGGCACUGGCAUGCUCCAAUCUACAUUGUCCUAGUCUGGCUCCUCACCCUGGUAGCCUUAGUACCGAACUUUUUUGUGGGGUCCCUGAAGUAUGACUCACGCAUCUACUCCUGCACCUUCAUCCAGACGGCCAGUGCCCAGUACACAGCAGCAGUGGUGGUCAUCCAUUUCCUCCUCCCCAUUUCGGUGGUGGCCUUCUGUUACCUGCGUAUCUGGGUGCUGGUGCUUCAGGCCCGCAGGAAGGUCAAGUCAGAGAGCAAACUGCGCUUGAGGCCCAGCGACAUGCGGAGCUUUCUGACCAUGUUUGCAGUGUUUGUGAUCUUUGCCGUCUGCUGGGGCCCCCUUAACUGCAUCGGCCUCGCUGUGGCCAUCAACCCUGAAGAAGUGGCUCCCCAGGUCCCCGAGGGGCUCUUUGUCACUAGUUACUUUCUGGCUUAUUUCAAUAGCUGCCUGAAUGCCAUUAUCUAUGGGCUCCUGAACCAGAACUUUCGCAGGGAGUACAAGAGGAUCAUCUUAGCCCUCUGGAACCCACGGCGCUGCUUUCAGGAUGCUUCCAAAGGCAGCCAUGUGGAACAACUGCAGAAUCAAGCUCCACGUGUUGGUAAUGCCCAGCACUUUGCCCGGGCAGAUGCUCUCUAG